UGAAAAUGUUAAUAAUGAAUCUGCUUUUUUAAUGUCCGAUUUGGAUAAUUAUUUACAUCUUUUUAGUGAUUCGUCGAGUUUGCGGCAAUUGCUCGGUUAUGGCAUUAAAGAUUAUGGUCCGCACAUUCAAAAGUUAAAACUUUCGAUUGGGGGGAAAGCGGUCGGAGUUCAUAAACGCGGACCACGGAAAAAUAAAAAUGUUCUUUACCACUCAGCAGACACGGCAGCAGGUGUAGAAGUUAGGCAAUUAUACGAAAUAACUAAAAACCACAGCAACCACCGAGCCAUGGUGCGAAAUUGCCAAGACACGCUUUUAAUGAAUUGGUCGGAUGAGGAAGUGGAAAAAUAUGGUCUUUUAAGCACUUUGACCUACAACACUCGGCAAGAUAAAUUUGGUUUUCGGCUGCCGCCCUGGAGUGAGGCUCCCCAGGUUUGUCCGUUUGUCAUUAAGGGGAAGCCGUGUGAUGGUAGUCAUGGUUUUGAAAAAGUUCCCGUAGAAAUUAGUUCCUUUUUAGCCGAACAACGCAUUGCUAAAAAAAAGUUGGGCCGCAAAUUGAAAGGGGUUAACGACCACUUUGCCGAAUGGUUAAACUAUGUUUAUUCGCAUUUUCGCCCCGUUAAUUGGAAGUGA